GCGAAAAAGUCAAAACAUCUGACCGCCAGUUGUCAAUGUUUGUAUAUUUUUGCUACAGUGGCAAAAAUGUCGGGUUUGUUGGGCUAAUUGGAUUUGAUUAAACGCUGGAUAAACCGUAUAAGUGGAAAUAUUUGUUAGGAAUGAAAUUAUGGCGAGAACGGGAAUUUGUUCUGUUAUAUUGGCUUUGUUUGUAGCUGGACCGGUGUUGUGUUUUCGAACGUAUACAAAAGAUGAUGUGCUUCGUCUGCGGGAGGAAGUCCGCGAUAUGUUCCAGCAUGCAUAUGAGGGGUACCUGAAAUACGCAGGCGACUACGACGAGCUGCGACCAUUGUCCUGUGACGGAAUCGAUACCUGGGGAAGCUAUUCUUUGACAUUAAUCGAUGCUCUUGACACAUUAGCUGUAAUGGGAAAUUUUUCGGAAUUUCGGCGUGUUGUUAACAUCCUGACCAAAAAGACAAACUUCGAUGCAGAUAUUAAUGUUUCUGUAUUUGAAACAAACAUUCGAAUUGUUGGUGGACUGUUAGGAGCCCACUUGAUGUCCUUACGAGCAGGAGUCGACGUGGAACCAGGCUGGCCGUGCAAUGGUCCCCUUUUGAGGCUUGCAGAGGAUGUAGCUAAACGUUUGUUGCCAGCAUUUGAUACAAAAACCGGAAUGCCUUAUGGAACAGUGAACUUACGGCAUGGAGUACCUGCUGGCGAAACAACAGUCACAUGUACUGCUGGUGUUGGAACGUUCAUUGUUGAAUUUGGUGCUUUGAGUCGCCUAACUGGUGACCCAAUAUAUGAGGAAGUUGCCUUGAAUGCCUUGUACGCACUGUGGAAGCAUAGAUCACCAAUUGGUCUUUUCGGUAAUCAUAUUGACGUUCAGACGGGCCGAUGGACGGCACAGGAUGCUGGCAUUGGUGCGGGAGUCGAUUCCUACUAUGAGUAUUUAGUCAAAGGGGCUCUGAUGCUAAAUCGUCCUGAAUUGCUGGAAAUGUUCCAUACGGGCCGAAAAGCUAUCGACAAAUACUUGAAAAGGGAUGACUGGCAUGUUUGGGUGAGCAUGAACAAAGGACAAGUGACAUUGCCUGUAUUUCAAUCACUUGAAGCUUACUGGCCUGGAGUACUGAGUUUGAUCGGCGACAUUGCACCUGCAAUGAAAACACUGCACAAUUAUCAUUCUGUGUGGAAGCAAUACGGAUUUCUGCCUGAAUUCUAUAAUAUCCCAAGCGCAGAAGCAGGAGCGAACCGUGAAAACUAUCCUUUGCGUCCUGAAUUGAUUGAAUCUGUAAUGUAUUUAUAUCGAGCAACUUCUGAUCCCUAUUUGUUGGAAGUAGGAGAAGAUAUGCUGCGAAGUAUACAGUACAGUGCAAAGACAACGUGUGGUUACGCUACGAUAAAAAAUGUCCGCGAUCACCGCAAAGAAGACCGAAUGGAGUCAUUUUUCUUAGCAGAGACAACCAAAUAUUUGUAUCUACUAUUUGACCCAGAUAAUUUUUUGAAUAACGAUGGACGUGAAGGGUUGUUACAUGAAACUCCGAAUGGCAUUUGCGUUAUCCAUGCUGGUGGUUAUAUUUUCAACACUGAAGCGCAUCCGAUCGAUCCAUCUGCAUUGCGUUGUUGCCAUGAUAAUAGCGAUUGGUUCAAAGAUUUCAAAAUUGAGAAAUUCGUUGGCGACGAACUGGAGCUGAAGAAAGACGAUGAUGUUACUAUUGGUUGCGGAGCUAAUCAACCUCCGAUUCCAUCAAAUACGGAAAAUUUAACAAUUGAAAUUGAAACAACUGUAGAUUCGGAUGAGACGCGGCAGAAAAUGAUAGCCGAGAUUAUGGACAUACUAAAGAGAAUGGAGAACGAGACAUCUGAAGAAGAGAUUAAGGCAGCUGAGCGUGAGAAAGAAGCAAUGAUAGAACAACGAAAACAACACAAGAAGGAUGUUGACAAUGUUUUCAAAGAAGCUUUUGCAGCAGAACGUGGCCUGGAAACUAUUGUAAAAGUUAUGAACGAUCAAGACGUUGCUAAACUUCAUUCGAAGUUGAUUUACACAGAUACCAAAACGAUUGAACUUCUUUCCUAUCUUGAAAGCGUGGUUGAAGAUUACCUUCGCCAUAAAAACAUCACAGCUAAGGAUGUCCUCAAUGAAACGAAUAAAAACUUUUUGGAGAAUUUAACAGUUGCAAAUCAAGAGCCUCUCAAGCACAAAAUAAAUGCAUAUCAGAAUAUUGCUUAUCACGCGUUUCUGUUGAAUGUUUUCAAAUCAUUGCAUGCGCUACAAAAACAACAUCUUCAAAUUGCCCCUGAGAACAUUGCGAAGUCUGCUGCAAAUGUGUUGCAUUCACUUAAGUCUGGAAUAAGUGAGUCUGUGUUGAAGACAAAAUAUCCUGAAAUAGUCGAAAUAUUUGGAAGUGCGCAAGAGAAAUAUGAAAAGCUACUAGCUAAAAACAACUUAACUAUCGCCUUUUACACAUACGCUUCAAGGCUACACCAAUUUAUGCCCUUACAAGCAAAAGAUAUGGGGAAAGUCGUAAGCUUAAUAGAACUCACGAAAGACGAGAAAAAACGCUUGGAAAAAGCUUACAAUGAGGUGGUUAGAGGGUCGCUGAACCUGAGUCUCUUUGAUCGUGUCUACGACAUUCUAACACGAACUACAGAGUUUAAUGUAAGCGCUACCGACUUACUGAAAUCCUACGAGCAGGAUGCCAUGCCAGGAAAGGAAUAUGUUGCUAAAGAGGAGGGCGCACAAGAUGAUGACAUAAUUUUAGUUGACAAUGCCAAACAUCGAAAUGCGGAAAGCAAUACCAAGGAAACAUCUAGUGCGGAUGAGAAAACGAUCAUAAAGAGUCCCAAUAAGGAAAAACAUAUUGAACCUGACACUGGUGAAGGAUUUGUUGAACCGGUCGAUUUAGAUGCAGAAGAACAGUCAACUGAUCGCCCUAGCAUGAAAAUGAAGGAAGAGCAAGUAGAAAACGCUAGCAAACAGACUACAGGAGCUAACAAGCCUGUCUUACGACAACCAGAAAUUCAACCUAGCAUUGAGGAGAACACCAACAAUUCUUUACUGACUGAUUUCGUUCAGACUUUACUAAAGUCCACAAUGCCGGCCAAGGCGAAAUUCGAGCCCCAAUUGCUUUUAGAGAAAAUUCGAGCCAACGGAAUUUACAAUCACCAACCGCAAAAUUUCGAAUUGUUAACGUGUCGGGCUCAGCCAUUUUUACAACGUGUUUCAAUAAAUGGAGAGUUUUUCUGAAGUCAAGUGUUAGUUUCUAUGGAUAGACUAACGACAGAUAUGAUGAGGUACUUUAUACGUUUAGACUUAUUUUUUGUGAUAUUAGGAAUGUUGAAUACUUCGAAACAUUGCCUAGAGGAAAAUUGGAGGCAAAAUAUAAGGUACUGAAUUGGAAGAAAGUGGAUCAGUAUGUUUGGAAUCUUAACGAUUGUCUGAAGUCCUAUAAAGCGUUUGUCCUGAAUGUACCAGUCUCUUGCAAUAAAAAGUGUUCGAUCGUAGAAUUCAAAUGUCUUUUUCCAAUAAAUGUACAAAGUAUAUGA